GAGUCCCAUCUGGGGUGAAACAUUUUGAUUAUGGCAGACAUAAUUUGAUCAGUGCAGGUUAGAUCAACUGUUUUUAUGAGUCCAGCCUCGCCUCAAAUAGUGGUGGGGACUUUCAAUUACUGCGUAAAAUACAUCGAAAGUAUUCCCACAAAUGUCUGGUAACCAAGUGGAAUGCCCACUUCACCGGCUCAACCAAUAAGCACCAUUCCCUGCUAUCAUGUGGAACGAGUUUCAUUUCUCCUUGUUUGAAAACAGGAUAGGUUCAACUUUUUGACCACCACCACCACCACACACACAGACGAAGACUUGGAACGUGUCGUGUGCUGAAUCAUCCAAGUGGAAGACAUGCGGUUGAAUGAGAAACUAUUAAUUGCCCUGGCGUUUGCAAGUUUAGCUGUAGCUUGUGUUCAAUCGAAACAAGUACGACUGGCUACCGCGUACUGGGAUGCUACAUACAAAUCUGUCGUAUUGAAAGAUGGAGUGCUGGAGAAAGAGGGCGACGCGUAUGGGUUUUUCAACGAUAGUCUGUCAACCACCGGUUGGGGAGUUCUUGAGCUACGAGCAGGUUAUGGAAUAACAACAGAAACGGAUGAGGUCACCUACUUUCUUGCAGGAUACUUGGAAGGUUUCCUGACAGCGGAUCAGAUUUAUGAUAACUACCACAACAUGUACCCCCAGCUGAUCGGGGACUCGAAAACACUGAAGUUGGUGAAGGAUUUCAUGAAUAAGCAAGACAACUGGACCAGGCAGCAGGUGAAACUGAACAAGGAAAGUCCAUUUUGGCGCCAUGUGGGGUUCUUGGUGGCUCAGGUGGAUGGUCUUCAAGCUGGGGUGGCCCACUGGGCUAAAACUCAGGGGAGAACUCCGUUGUCCCUGUUUGCUGUGCAGUUCCUGAAUGGAGUGGGAGACCUGCUGGAUCUCAUCCCAGCCCUGAUACCUGGAGCUCGGCCCUCCCUGGAGCACUACCGCGAGCCCCCCAUGGGCCACUGCUCCGCCCUCAUCAAGAUGCUGCCAGGCUUUGAGGAUCUCCUGUUUGCCCACUCCAGCUGGUACACCUAUGCUGCCACCAUGCGCAUCUACAAGCACUGGGACUUCAACAUCCAUGAGUCUUCAGCAGCCACGGGCAAGAUGUCCUUCAGCAGCUACCCUGGUUUCCUGGUCUCCCUGGACGACUUCUACCUCCUGGGCAGUGGCCUGAUGAUGACUCAGACCACCAACUCCGUCUUCAACUCCUCUCUGUUCUCCCUGAUAAAGCCAGAUAGCUUGUUCGCCUGGCAGAGGGUGCGGCUGGCCCACAACUUGGCGCGCACGGGGGAGGAGUGGGCAGAGACCUUCUCUAAGUUUAACUCGGGAACGUACAAUAACCAGUACAUGGUGGUGGACAUGAGCAGGGUGAGUCUGGGGAAGGAGCUAAAGGACGGGGCCCUGACGGUGGUGGAGCAGAUCCCUGGCCUGGUGGAGUACUCCGACCAGACCCCCGCCCUGCGCAGAGGUCACUGGCCCUCCUAUAACGUUCCCUUCCAUGCCGAGAUCUACAAGCGCAGCGGCUACCCGGAGAUGAGGGAGAAACACGGGGAUGACUUCUCCUAUGACCUCUGCCCUCGUGCCAAGAUCUUCCGCCGUGACCAUGGCAACGUGAACGACCUGGACUCGCUGAAGUACAUCAUGAGAUACAAUGACUACAAAAAUGACCCUUACUCUCAGGGCAAUCCAUGCAAGACCAUCUGCUGCCGCAACGACUUGAAGGAGGAGAAGCCCUCGCCAGGGGGCUGCUACGACACCAAGGUGACUGACUUCGGCAGGGCGCGUAAGUUCAUAGCGGAGGCGCUGAACGGCCCCACCACGCAGGGUGGCCUCCCCCCGUUCUCCUGGGAGCGCUUCAACAGCACAGCGCACCAGGGCCUGCCCCACGUCUACAACUUCACCUUCGUCACCAUGCAGCCUGUGCUCUUCACGCCCUGAUCAACCCAACCUGGUUGUGUAUGUGGGUGGACCAGUGCAUUUUUACAGGAGACAAAUCAUAUUUCCAAAGCCAUACAGAAAAUGUGAGGGAAAUAUUUGAGGUGAAUUCUUUCAAACGCUUAAAUUGAGUGAAUAUGCUUGUGUGAGCAUGUUUCGUCUGGGACUAAUUGAUGUCACCUUUCGUGAGAAGCCACAGUGCAAUAGUGUGGGUUGUUUUUGCCAAUCAUGGAUCAUUACUCCUGUCUUUUAGAGAUGUUGCUGAAUGUGAUGGACAGAAGGGUUCCUUGUUCUAUACGGGUGACAUUCAUCACUUUUAUGCUGAUGGUGGAAAGAUUCAUUUUCUUUGAACAGCAGACAUCAAUGAAUGUGUUCUCAGAUACUGUUUUGUGCUCUCAGGGUGAAUAAUAAGAUUCUUGGAUCGCUAAGGGAACUCAAGGUUUUAUAUGUGAGGCUAUCACUUGAAAUAAAUUGCACUUUCUUUGUUU